GCGUCCAUGCGUCCUGCCAAAUCCAGGAUGAGUGGGAGGAGAGAGUGGGCUGGAGGGCCCAGGGCCAAGGCCACGGCGUGGGGGCCUGCAGAGCCUGCUGGGAACCCCAGCAGCACCCAGCCUGGCUCUUCUGAGCUCAUGAACAGCAGAGCCAGUGGCUGCACCUCCCUCCUG